AUGAAUUACUUAAACCAGAACAAUAAAACAGGUAUAGAUAAUCGUGAUAAAGAUGAAAUACUCAAUAAAAUAAGUGUAGUCAAUUCUAACGAAAGCAGAAAAUGGAUGACUAAGGAGGCAAAUUGGAAUGAGUAUAGAUUAUAUAUCGAAGAGACUUUAGAGACAUCAUACAUUCCAAAUGAUUCUGAAGAUAUGUAUAAUUUUAUUCAAGAAACAAUAAAUAAUGCAGCCACUAUCAAACAGUAUAAAUUACCAAGAUCGGAUACAUUCAAACCGGCUUUAUGGUGGGAUAACGAAUGCGAAAUUCAACAAGUGAGUGACAAUUUCUGCGAGACAAUUUUGAAGAUCCACACGCCUGACUUUGUACCUGGUCCCGUACAAUACUCCCAAGUCCAAGCAGAAGAAGCAAGUGAUGACUACGCAAUUCAUGAAAUCGAAGGACGCAUUGAUUAUGAGGAGCUAGAACUGGCUCUAAAAGACAAAAGAAAUAGCUCUCCAGGAUUUGAUAACAUCACAUACAUUAUGAUUAAAGAAUGCCCCAAAGCAUUUAAACGUAUAAUAGUUGAAAUGUUCAACUUUAUAUUAAAUUCAAGUUGGAUCCCGGAAGAUUGGAAAAUUGCGGUGCUAGUGCUAAUACUAAAACCGCAAAAAGAUCCAAGUGAUCAUAAAUCCUAUCGACCAAUAAUGCUUCUUCCUUGUCUCACGAAAAUCUUUGAAAACAUUUUAAAAAAAAGAUUAGAAUGGUACAUAGAGAGAAAGGGUAUAUUAAAUAAAUAUCAAUUCGGAUUUAGGAGAGGAAAAGGUACAAUCGACUUGUUAAGCGAGCUAAUUGUAGAUCUUUAUAGUGCAUUGUCAGAUAAUAAAGAAGUGCUACUAGUUACGGCCGAUAUUGAAAAGGCAUAUGAUCAUGUUGAUCAUAAUAUUCUCAAAAAGAAGCUACAUAAUUAUAAGAUCCCAGACAAUAUUAUUAUUAUUAUAAUGUCACUACUAUCCAAUAGGAAAAUUUACGUGAGAAAUAAGAACCGUCUAAUAGGGCCAAGGACAUCAUAUACUCUCCUAUUUAACAUCUAUAUGGCAGACUUUAUAUCGUCAGAAGGGACAAGAGUCAAAAAGCUACAAUAUGCGGACGAUCUGAUUAUGUACACAGUUUCUCACUCAGUAGAGCAUUGUAGAACAGAAAUAGCUAAUGCCAUAUCAAAAGAUUUGGAAUGGAUGCGGAAUAAUAGACUUGCUUUGGAACCGAGGAAGACCAAAAGCAUAUUUUUUACCAGGCAUAGACGUCCCAAAAAUAUGCAUGAAAUAGAUAUUGACACAAUAAGAAUCGAAUUAUUAGAAAACAUUAAAAUCCUGGGUGUGACUUUUGAUAAAAAAUUAAAUUUCAAUAAGCACAUAAGCGAGAUAUUAUUCAAAUGCGAGAAAGGCAUUAAUUUACUCAAAAGAGUAUGUAACACCAGCUGGGGUACACACCCGAAUGCAUGUAUUUCUUUAUACAAAGCUAUCAUUAGACCCCAUUUCGACUAUGGCUGUCAAAUUUAUGGAGGAUUGUCUGCAGGCUUAUAUAAAAAGUUGAGUAGAGCGCAAUUCGCAGCCAUAAGAACAUGUCUGGGAUCUUUAAAAUCAACCCCCACUAACUCUUUAUUAGCUGAAGCCGGGGAAGCUCCCUUAGAUAUAAGAAAACAAGUACUAACGAAUAGAUUCUUGAUCAAAAAAUUCAAUUUUGAUCAUUCAUGGAUUCAAGAUCAGUUAGAGGCACUGGCAGUUCGGCAUUUCAAUAAUAGGUACUGGUUUAAUAAACCGAUCCCUCCGCUAGUUGCUGGUUUCCAUUCAUUAAAGUCUUUAGAAGAUAACAUCAUAAUAAGCAACAGAUUGGCGUACUACACAGUGACUUGGAAAGCAACAAUUCCCAAAAAAUAUAUACACCUAUCAGACGAAUUAGUCAUUGGAAAGAAUAUGGAUAAGAAAAUAAUCAAUCUGGAAUUGCACGCCUUAUUGAACACUAGAUGGGAAAAGUAUAUACAAAUCUAUACGGACGGCUCAAAAACUGAUGACGGCGUUGGCUGUGCUGUAUACAUACCAAGCCAGGAUUUACAGCUUCAAAUUAAACUCCCAGAUUGGGCAUCAAUAUUUACUGCAGAAUUGACGGCUAUCAACAGUGCGCUAGACCUAAUUAAGGAACAUAAAUUAAAGAAGGCAAUAAUUCUGUCUGAUAGCAUGUCCUCACUGCAUGCCUUAAAUAUGCCGAAAGAUUAUGGCAAUCCUUUAAUAUUCGACUGUUUACAAAAAAUAGAAAAGCUAAACAACAAUAACUACAGGAUCGAAUUAGUAUGGAUAAGAGGCCAUCACAAUAUCACCGGGAACGAGAUCGCGGAUAGCCUGGCCAGAGAGGCACAAAACUCAGCCACUUUAAUUAAAAAAGCUCCUGCCGUGGAUCUGAAACGAAAGAUCACAAAAAUGGGGAUGUUGCAUUGGCAAAAAAUAUUUGAUCUCGAAUCAGCGUCAAAAGGAAUAUUAUUCCGACCGUGUAAACCGAUAGUGUCCAGAAACACAUGGUUUGAAAAAUUGAACUGGAACAGAAGAGAGAUAUCUACAAUAUGCAGAUUAAGAUUGGCGCACACGAAGAAUAACGUUCAUCUAUUUAGGAUUGGAAUAAAACAAGACCCGUUCUGUUCGUGCAGCACUGUACUGGACACAAUAGAUCACUUACUGUGGAGUUGUCCAUUGUAUGAAAGGCAACGAAUAAUUCUGUUUAAAAAGCUUCAACAGCGGAAUGUGUCAUUUCCUAUAAAUGCUAGGUUCAUCAUUAGUAGUAAUAACAUUGAUUUGUACAGAAUACUGAUAGACUUUGUAAAUGAAUCCAAUAUAAGGUUAUAG